AGAAGGGGAUGCGGGAGGAAGAAGGGGAUGCGGGAGGAAGAAGGGGAGUGCGGUAAUGUCACCCGGCGCCGGCUCCCUCUCUGGCCGCCUGGCUUUUUCCUGCCUGCGUGGCCGGGGGACCUGACGGCCGGCCGCCCGGCCCCUCGCCCCGCCGUGCCUGCCCCCGUGCCCACCGGGGGGCCGCCUUUGGCUGGUCUCGGGCUCCCGUGCCAUGUUCUUGGAGCCUCUCUCCCCAAGCCUCGGGCUGGGAGGGGGCAGGAAUGUGCAUCCUUUCUGCUUCCUCCAGCACAAACGGCGGCGCCCAGAAUUCAUUUCCACGCUCUCCAAGUGGGUGCACUGGCAGGGCUGCCUCGGGGUUCGCAGGCUUCCCUCCGAGUUAGGGGGGACCGGAUUGACCCCGACAGCCCGCGUCCCUCCCUUUCAAAAGGGACAAAGACGGGCUCUGGGUGCAAGUGGCGGCCAAACUCUGCCGUAUGCCCAGUCACUUGUCCUAAGCCUCAGUCUCUCUGGCCCGGACCCGACCCCCCGCGAUGACUGGGGGGGGGAGGGGACGUGGGUCUCCGGGCCUGGGCUCCCCCUCCGGCUCCCCUGACCUUCCGGGAGGGAAAAGCGAGCCAGGUCUAUUUGGCCACCCUCCCCCGGGCAGAGGCCCCCAAGUUGGAGAGCGUGUGGGGGCUGAGGCUCGGCCGCCACGGGACUCUGCGAGAGCCCCGAAGGGAGGCCGAGGUGUUCCCCACUCCGCCGGAGGCCGGCCGUCGGCCUGUUGCUCCCCAGCCUCCCUCCCUCGCACUUCCCCAGCGGCGCCCCCUCCUCCUCGGCCCUCCCCCUGACGUCCUCAGGGUGGGGCUGGCGGGUGCAGAUGCAGGCUCGGAGCCAGGCCGGCCUUUUGCCUCCCCGAGGCUUUGCUGUAAACAGCUCCUCGAGUCCGGAGCACACGGAUUUUCAAGUUUUUUCCCUACUAUCCCUAGCCCCGCUAGUGAGCUUAAUGGCCGGAUCGGGAGAGAACAUGUUGUCAGCAGAUCAUUACCCUCAGGGCUCCAGGGAAGUGGGAUUUUACUGGCUGGAGCUAAUUGGCAGAAUAAGGCAACUUACUGCCCAUCAAAUCCCAUUACCGAUGCAGGCAGAGACUGGGCCGGGGACGGGACUGGGCCGGGGACUGGCAGGCUGGGGGCUCCUCGGGCUGCCACUGGUGCAGCAGGCUAGGCUGUGGCCCGGCAGCCCGGUUGCCCACUAAGAAUCCUCUCGGCUCUGGGCUCACCGGCCCUCCCUCCCUGCCCUUGGCCCUCCCUCUGCAGUGCCUUAGCUCAGAUUGAUUUUUGUCCUGUCUGGCCCCGGGCCGGGCCGUUGGCUCCUCCGAUGCCCGGCUUGGGCUUCUCUGGAGUGCCAGGUUUCAAAGCCCUGGAGAGACCCGGGGAGAUUUUAGGGAGGAGACCCUUCCAAGCAGGGUGUGGAGAAGGCUCUGCCUCCCUCAUCCCCAGUGCCAUCUCUCUGGUUUGGGCCACCCAGCCCCGAAUCUCUGAUGGAUCGGAUAGAGCAUUGCCCAAGAGCCCCAGAGAAGGAAAAGAGCCGGUGCCCGAGCUGCUGCCUGUGACCCUGGCCCCGGCCACCCUCCUGCUCUCGCAUUCACCCUUUCCUCGGGCCGACGCUCACACUCCUUUCUGUGGGGGUGCCUGAGUGGGUUCCCACAUAUCUACUCAGCCUCCCGGGCCAGAGAUCUGAGCUGGGAGGAUUCCUCUCGGCCAUCUCUAGAAUACCGACUGACAGUCAUUUUGGUGAGGGAGAACGUUCCUAUUCUCUCCUAGAACACGGUAUACCACUAGUGGGCAUUCUCUCCACGAUGGCAAAGGGGAGGGCCGGGGAUAUAGCAAAAUUUGCUUUGAGGUCUGGUUCCUCACAUCCUAGGUAUCGUACCUCUUCUACCCGAGCUCAGAACACUACACCAAUUUGGCUUCUCUGGCCAGCCUACUUUCUUCCCCCUGUCAGGGACGGGGAAACAGGUACUCUGAGCUCCGUUUGGUUUGCCAUCCCUGAAAUAGGUUGGGUUUGCAGAGUGGUUACCCCCAGCAGCUACUGAUUUCCUCUUGCCAGUCUAGGCUUGCAGUUCUGCUAUCUGCCACCAAAUGGGUAGACCCACACCAAUGACUGAGAUCUCCAAGAUAAUGUACAUGAGCUGGCUAAUUACCGCUUUUUACUAAUAAAAGAACAGGAUGACUGAGAGAGCAGAUCCCUCCAAGAGAUGAGUGACACAUACUUCCAAAGAGUCACAAUCUUUCAGUGAGGGCAUCCUAACAAAGGAGAUCAAAAGCCUUACGAAGCCUCGGGAGAUGGAUCUCGUGAGUGGUUUUGAGCCCAAACCUUCAUCCCCCGGUAACUGACCUGCUGCUGCUGAGCCGCCCUCGCGUUUUGCCGGGCUGGUCUGCCGACCGCAAGGAGCGUGGUCUGUGGCCAAGCCGGUAGACGAACCCUUCCCGGACGGGAGGUUCUUCACAGCAACUGUUCCAACCCUCUUCAUCUUUCUGCAAGCUCUCUCAACAAGGGACCUCUUCUCCUUUACUGAGAGAAUAAAUCAGCCAUCUCCCAAAUGGGGCUAUCCCACCAAGGGUUGUGGGCCCUGCCACAUCAGCUGUACGCAUGCCAUGAGAAAACCCUUCCCUCAGAUCACCUUGCUGGCUGGCGCGCUAUGGGGACUCUGGUAACUGACCCAAUCAGGACAGACUCCGACAGUGCCGAGGAAUAUGACUAUGACUACCUUGGUGUCAACAAGACUUGGGUCCUGACUCCCAGGGCCCAAGAGACUGAUGCCACCCAGAUCUUGAAUACCCUUCUGAAGGAUUAUGACAGCAAGCUGAGGCCUGACAUUGGAAUCAAGCCUACGAACAUUGAUGUUGAUAUCUAUGUGAACAGCAUUGGGCCUGUUUCUGUCAUCCAGAUGGAAUACACCAUUGACAUCUUCUUUGCCCAGAGCUGGUAUGACCGCCGCCUCCGCUUCAACAGCACCUUAAAAGGCCUAACUCUAAACAGCAACAUGGUAAGCCGCAUCUGGAUCCCCGACACCUUUUUCCGGAACUCUAAGAGGGCCGACUCGCACUGGAUCACCACCCCCAAUCAACUGCUGCGCAUUUGGAACGACGGGAAGGUUCUCUACACCCUUAGGCUGACCAUAGAGGCUGAAUGUCUCCUCCAGCUCCAGAACUUCCCAAUGGACACUCAUUCUUGCCCUCUCAUCUUCUCUAGCUAUGGUUAUCCAGCUGAAGAGAUUGUUUACCGUUGGAGACGCUACUCCAUUGAAGUGUCUGACCAACGCUCCUGGAGGCUCUACCAGUUUGACUUUACUGGACUGCGAAACACAUCUGAAGUCCUUCGGACUGGUGCUGGAGAUUACAUGGUCAUGACGGUUUCUUUUGACCUAAGCCGGCGGAUGGGCUACUUUGCCAUUCAGACCUACAUCCCUUGCAUUUUGACUGUGGUGCUCUCCUGGGUUUCCUUUUGGAUCAAGAGAGACUCCACUCCGGCUAGGACCUCUUUGGGGAUCACCACUGUGCUCACCAUGACCACCCUGAGCACUAUUUCUCGCAAGCACCUCCCUCGCGUCUCCUACAUCACCGCCAUGGACCUCUUUGUCUCUGUGUGCUUCAUCUUCGUCUUUGCCGCCCUGAUAGAGUACGCCACCCUCAACUAUUUGGUGGGGAACAGGAGGCUGCUGGCGGGUGGCAACACCCGAAGAUCCAGACCCCGUCCUGCCAGCACCCUGGCCAGUGCCAGUGCCAUUGCCAGUGCCCGGGCCAGCCCCAGGGCCAGCCCCCUUGCCGGUGCCAGUCUUAGUGCCACUCUUGGUACCAAUCUCGGUGCCACCUCUGGCCCUACUCUUUGUGGCAGUGCUGGUGCCAGUCUUGGUGCCAAUGCCACUUUCGGUACUGGUCCUGGAGCCGCUUUCAGCGCCGGUCCUGCCACCGCCUUUGGCGCCAGUCCCAGAGCCACCUUUGGCGCUGGUCCCGCAGCCGCCUUCGGUGCCGGUCCCGGAGCCGCCUUCGGCACCGGCCCUGCCACCGCUUUCGGCUCCGGUCCUGCCGCCGCUUUCGGCACUGGUCCUGGAGCCGCCUUUGGUGCCGGUGCCACUUUUGGUGCUAGUCCUGGUGCCGCUUUCGGUGCUAGUCCUAGCCCCACUUUUGGUGCCAGUACUGGUGCUAGUGUCACCGGCAUGCCCGCCUUCACUGCCAUCACCAUCACCAGCAGCAUGCCCUGGGUCCCGGAUCGAGGAGAGGAAGAAGAGGAUGAUGACGAUGAGGAAGAGGAAGAACAAGAGGAGAACACCUGCUGCCCAGGCAAAGAGUGCCAGCAGUUCUUCUGCUGCAUUGAAGAUUGCCAGAGGGGUACCUGGAGGGAAGGCCGUGUCCGCAUCCACAUUUCCCGCCUGGAUACCUACUCUCGCGUCUUCUUCCCCACUGCGUUCCUGCUGUUCAACAUCGUGUACUGGAUCGCCUAUCUGUAUCUCUAAAUGCCCUGUCUACAUGGGGAGAGGCUGCCGAUGACGAUCCGGAGGGGCCUCCCAAUUGUGGCUAAGGGGAAAGAAGCAGCUGGAAAUGUUGUUGUAUUGUAUCUUUUUUGCUAUUCCCCAGCUAACCCUUCCUAGAUCUUGCUUUUGCUCGAUCUCGACUGCCUCCUCGUCCCCUGGGGUGACCCAGACACCUCCUAAGAAGGCUCCUUGGGCCCUUUUCCCUCUCUUGUCAUUUCUUGAACUCGGCUGAUAGAACCUGGGUUGAUAAGCCCCAGGCGUCUCAUGUGAUUUAGAAUAAGGACUUGGAUUUGAAUUCUAGUUCUUCCACUUACUACCUAGAUGACCUUGGACAAGUAAUUGCCUCACUUCUCUCUUCUGUGCAAUUAGGGAUCGGGAUCAGAUGGCCUUUGAUGUUUGGGAUCUGGCAAAUGAAGGUCUUGGUCUAGGGCGGUGAACCACAGGUUUUGAGAUAGAUAGAAGAAACCUCGGAGGCCAUUUUGUCCAAUCCCCUCAUUCUACAGAGGAGAAAAUGAGGUCCCAAAGAGGAGAACGGUCUGCCCAAAGUUAUCCAAGUAGUAAGUAAGUAGCAGAGAUUCAGACCUUGGUCUUCCACCUCCAAACCCAUCACUGUCCCCACUGCCCCAUGUCCCUUCCUGCUCAGACAGUCUAGAGUCUUGAGGUCACAAGUAAUCAGAAGCAGAGAGGAGCCCAGAGAAGGGCCUCCUGAGAAUUCAGGAACAAGAAGCCAGGAGAAGCUGCACUUGCAGCUGUUUUGGGGUGAGCACACCGCUUUACUUCUGAGGUCAAAAGACAAGAAGGUGCAGGGUCAUUGGCAUGUCACUGAGGCGGGCUACUGGGCGCUUUGCUCUUGGCACUGCCUGGGUCCCACCGAGGGACUUCCAGCUGAAGGGUUCUCACCUAUCACUUUCCAAAAUAAUCAUUUGUUCCCUCACUGUGUUCCUAAAACAAACCGUGCACUCUAGUCUUGAGGAUUUGAGGUUCUCAGAGCCCAGCUCCCCACAGUUCUCCUCAGAAUCAGAUGAUUCAGAUGGUGAACACCUCAGGUCCUUUCCAAUCAUGAAGCUCAUCCUGCUAUCCCAGGUGCCUCCACCCAUUUGAGAUCCUUUGAGCAUCUCCCUCUGAGGGAGGCAGGGUAGGGAUCAUUCUCCCAUUUUCGAGACAAGGAAACUGAAGCCAGAUGAGAGGAAGCCCCAUAGUUGAGGCGAUGGCUCGUGAGGUCAGUGGCAUCGUGGGGCAUGCAGACACCUGGAACCAUUUGCAAUGCCUCAGCAUGGUGUGGAUACCACAGCGGCCAACCUUCUGAGACAGCAGCGGGGCCAGGUAUCUGGAGAGUUCAGAGUCUGGUCGGCAGUCACUUAAGCUCCUGGACUGAGGCCGUGAAGUAAGUGCCAACCUGCCUGAGUAGCACAAUGAGAUGCCCAUUUCAGCACCGACCAGGGCACAACCCAAGUCCAACCCUUGUAUAGUGCCUCUGCCGAGACAGAGUGACACACAACACCCCGUCACAUUUUGCAAGGGUCCCAAUCGAAGCUUUAUGUCUGAUAGAGUCACCCAAAUAGCCUCCUCUGGCUCUGGGCCCCCCCAGCAGUGACCUUGGAUGAUCCCUACCGCUUUAAGCUGUGAAAGAAACGUAUUGGUGUAUUUAUGUUGUUGUCAUGGGGUGGGGGGUGGGGGGUGGGCAAAGAAACCAGUCUGCUUUCUUACAACUAAAUGUCAGGGCAAAAUAUUAAAUGUGUUAUUGAAG